CCCGCCCCGCGCGCGCGCGGGCCCCGCCCCCUCCGGCCCCCGGCCGGGCAGGGCUGGGCGGCCAUUUUGGGCAGAGCUUUGUUAUGGUUGUGGGGCCGCCGGAGCCGCGCCAGGGCCCGCCCGUGACGACAGUUCCUGUCUCACCUCUUUGAUGGAAGAGGACUAUGACCCAGAAGUGAACUCUUCACUGUAGAACAAGAAGCUCUUGUGGAUUAAUUGUGUCCCUUUAAAAGCAGCACCCAGUCUACAAAAAAUAGAGUAGAAGAGAUUAUUUUUGGACCUGGCUUUUUUUUGUUCAUGUGACCUAUGUUUCAGCAUGUAAAUGGUGAAAAACAGGGAGAACAUUUGUGCCUGCUUCUGAGCUUUAUAUCAAGUAGUGCUUAGCUCUGUGGAGCAUUAACCAAGUUACGUGAAGACUAGAGUAUAUCCUAACAUUCAUUUUUUAAAAUAUUUUACCUUUUUUUAGCAGAUGUAUGUGAUAAAAAUGAAAUUUAUAUUUUAAGAGCACUUGGGCAGAUGCAUCUUGUUUAGAUCUCAGCAUUUAGGGCAAACGUUUUUAUGUAACAUCUUUUUUCCUGAGUGUUUAGGUUGAUCUGCUGCAGAUCAUGAACUGUCCAGCAGCCUUGAGUGUAUCUGUUCAGUAUUAACCAUGAUGUUGCUCUGAAUGUUGUCAUGCAGACUUGACAAACCUUUUUGUAAUGUAAAGGCUGAUUUCUGUACUACCACGACCAGAGGAAAUUUAAUGAGGUGAACGUGGGCGUGGCUUUUUUAAAUAUAAAUUACCUUCUUAGGUAUCUUUUUUUUGUAGUGAGAGUGCAAAGAGAGGGUAAAAUGAGCAGCUGAGGGGGUGAAGGGCGCAGUUGGCACGAAGUGCGGCCUCUCGUGCUCUGCUUCGAGACGCACUAUUGCCUCAAGGCUGGCCUUCCAGAACUCUGGAGAAGGAAGGAACCCAGAGGUCACUGAAGCACACAAACUGAGGACAUUGGACUGCAGAGGCCAAACUCAGGAGCCUGGCCAUGAGGUUUGAUGCCUCAUUUUAUUGAAGGGAGACACUGGACCUAAAUGGCGCAGCAUGACUUUGUUCCUGCCUGGCUUAACUUCUCAACACCACAGUCAACCAAGUCCCCUGCAGCCACCUUUGAGAAACAUGGAGAGCAUCUUCCUAGGGGAGAGGGCCGCUUUGGCGUGAGCCGCAGGAGACACAACUCUUCCGAUGGAUUUUUCAAUAAUGGGCCCCUCCGAACUGCGGGAGACUGCUGGCAUCAGCCGUCCCUUCUCCGCCAUGAUUCUGUAGAUUCUGGUGUUUCUAAAGGAGCUCAUGUUGGGCUUUCUGGCAGUCAGCCUGGCUGGCAUGGUCCCUCACGGGGCCAUGAUGGUGUGAGCCAGCGUGGAGGAGGAGGAACUGGAGUUCAUCGCCACUGGAAUGGCAACUUCCAUUCUCGGAAAAGUUCCGCCUUUCAAGAAAAGCUGCCUGUUGAAUCUAGGGAAGAGAAGAAGGAAGAUAAAGAGCAUUUGCAGUUUGAGGAGGAAGACUUUCCAUCUUUGAAUCCAGAAGCUGGAAGACAGAACAACCAGAACAAACCUUUAGGGACACCUUCUGGAGUAUGGGAAAACCCCCCUAGUGCCAAGCAACCUACCAAGAUGCUGGUCAUCAAAAAGGUUUCAAAAGAGGAUCCUUCCGCCGCCUUCUCAGCUGCAUUUACAUCACCUGUUUCUCACCUGGCAAAUGGCAACAAAGCCACCACCAUUGUCCCAAGUGUCUACAAAAAUCUGGUUCCUAAACCUGCAGCUCCUCCUUCCAAGCCAAGCCCAUGGAAAGCCAACAGAAAUGAACAUAAACCAGGCUCGCUGUCCUCCACCCGUGACUCUGCCUUUACCAGUCCAGUGUCUGUAACCAAACCAGCGGUACUGGCAAGUGGCUCAGUCCUCACCUCUCCCAAAGAGAGUCCUUCCAGCACCACCCCUCCCAUCGAGAUCUGCUCCUCACGCCUGACGAAGCUGAUGCGCCGGACCACUGACAAAAAGAGCGAAUUCCUGAAGGCACUGAAGGAUGAUAGAAAUGGGGAGAUAACAGAAAACAGGGAAUGUGACAAGCUGGAUGAUAUGGAGAGCAACAGCACACCAGAACCAAAGGAAAACUGGGAAGAGAACUGCCAUCAGAAUGGCCUUUCUCUCCCUUUGCCAGAGGAGGGGGAAAACCUCUCCCAUUCAUUGGAAGCAGAACACAGGUUAUUGAAAGAAAUGGGAUGGCAGGAAUAUCCUGAAAAUGAUGAAAACUACCUUCCCCUCACAGAGGAUGAGCUCAAAGAGUUCCAGAUUAAAUCAGAGCAGCGAAGAAGAAACGGAUUUGGGAAGAAUGGAUUUCUUCAGGGCCGUGGCUCCAGCCUGUUGUUCCACUGGGGAAGCACUUUUAAGACAAAGAUUGAGGACUCAGACACAGAAACAAGUAGCAGCGAAACGUCAGAUGACGAUGCCUGAAACUGGGCACAAUAAAAUUAAAAUAAAUAAAACCAACCCAAUAAACUCAGUUCAUAGUUCAA